GAAAAGUGUUGCACAGCCGGCGGUGCUGAAGUCGGUGAAGGUGGCCGAUUCGUCCAGCGGUUUGUCGAGUUGCCGAAAGUGAAGUUCUGGAAGAAUGGCGAGCAGACGAAUUACUCAGGAGACGUUUGAUAGUGUAGUGCGAGAAAACAUGAUUGAGUUUGAGAUGGAACCAGAGGAGGCUUUGAAAGAGGCAAUACAACAGUUUGAAUCACAAGGAGUUGAUCUUGUCAACGUGGUGAAAACUGUGCAGAAUUUUUCAUCUGAUGAUAGCAACCAGAAGCACCAUGUCCUACAGGUACUGGAUGCUCUUCAGAAAGCUCUGGAUAUGUUGGCUCUUGAUGAAAUGGAGGAACACCUGACUCAUUUUACUGAACAGUGCAGCCUCAAUUUUGCUCACCGCCAUCUGGCCGCUGAGAAGUCUGCCUACUCCACGGUGCUGUCCUCCUGCAGAACAAUGAUGUCCGAUGGUCAGCGCCUGCUGAAGGGAGUCCAGGGCUUGGCUGCUCUUCUGGACGGUCAGCCGGACCUCCUGGACUUGGAGGGCCAGCACCUGCUCCUGGACAUUUUAAAGCAGCAUCAGGAGCUGGCCGCUCUGAAUGCGGCCACCUUCCGUGCCAUCCAUCACAGCUGCCUGAAGCACGAGCAGAACCGGCAAGACCUGGUGCAGCGCGGCGUGCUGCCACUGCUGACUGGUGCUAUCGUCAGGCAUGGCACCAGUGCUGACGUGGUCAGAGAGGCGGCUGGUGUCCUGAGGGUCAUGACCUAUGACGAUGACAUCCGAGUGCCCUUUGGCCACGCCCAUGAUCACGCAAAGAUGAUAGUAAUGGAGAACAAUGGACUUCGGGUCAUCAUCGAAGCUGCAAAAGGUUCCGCUUUCACAGAAAACCCCACCGUCCUCAGUGAGCUGUGCUGCACCCUGUCGCGUCUUGCUGUCAGGAAUGAGUUUUGCCAAGACAUUGUGGAUCUGGGAGGUCUGAACUUCAUGGUUGCUCUGCUGGCCGACUGUAUUGAACAUCGGGAGCUGGUUAGGCAGGUGCUGGGUGCAUUUCGAGCUAUCGCAGGUAAUGACGAGGUUAAGGAUGCGAUCGUCAAUGCUGGAGGAACAGACCUGAUUAUGUUGGCGAUGAACCGUCACAUGGGAAGUCCGCAGGUGUGUGAGCAGGGCUGCGCAGCCUUGAGCAUGCUUGCCCUGCGGAAGCCAGAGAAUUGCCGGGUGAUCAUGGAGGCUGGGGGUGCGUUUCUGACACUGCAGGCGAUGAAAUCCCACCCGGCUGAAGUGAACGUGCAGAAGCAGGCUUGCAUGCUGCUGCGGAACCUGGUGGCACGGAAACCUGACUUUUCACAGUUGAUCCUUGAGUUGGGAGCAGAGGUGCUGAUACGACAGGCCAAGGCCACGCACCAGGACUGUGAGGACCUGGCCAAAGCUGCCCUGAGAGACCUCGGCUGCAACUUGGAGCUUCGGGAGCUCUGGACAGGACAGAAAGGCGACAUCUCCCGUUAAUCUCUCCCAGAGAUCACACUGGAAUCGGCCAAGACAUUAACCCCCUCGGCUCAGAUAUUCAUUGCUGGUUUAUCCAGUGCUUCUCACUGACCAUCUGAGAUGAGAUUCAGUUAAACUGGGGCAUCUCUGGGGUGAUUGCAUCAUUACAAUGAGUUAAAAUUUGAACAGUCUCCACUCCCCUACAUCCCCUUACCCUCGACUCCACUGAAGAGAGGCAGAGAGAUAGAAGGAUACACGACGAGGAGGCAUUUCACCCAACAAUUUCUACCGAGAGUUAACACAUCUGAACGUUCCCUCAGUGCGGCAGGUAAUAUAGUUUGGAUAUUCCAUUGUUCUGUGACCCACCUGCACUGUGCUGUCCAUGGAGGUACAGUAGCAGAGUGGAAAACGUUUGAAGAAUUGAAAUGUUUCAAGAUAACUUCCUUCCACAUGUGUCUAUUAAAGCUUUUAACACCGUACUUAGAGUUUCUCUCUUGCAGUCACCUAAUAACACCUUAGAAUCAGAGCUACCCACACCAAGUGCUGGAGAAACUCAUCAGGCUGGGCAGCAUCUAUGGAAAAGAGUACAGCCAAUGUUUCAGGCCGACACCCUUCAGUAUUUUGCGUGUGUUGCUUGUAUUUCCAGCACCUGCAGAUUUUCUCUUGUGUGUGACCAUAGAAUCAGAAUCAAUUUUAAUAUCACUGGCAUAUGUCAUUAGUUUCAAAGUAAAUCUGCAAAGAGAUAGGUCUGGGUUCUAAAUUGGAGAAAGGUCAAUUUUGAUGGUAUCAGAAAUGAUCAGGGAAGUGUGGAUUGAGACAGGAUGUUUUCUGCCGUACUUAAUAAGUGGGAGGCCUUCAAAAGUGAAAUUUUGAGAGUACAAAGCUUGUAUGUGCCUAUCAGAAUAAAAGGUAAACAUGACAAGUGUAGAGGAACUUGGUUUUCAAGAGAUAUUGAGUCCCUGGUUAAGAGAAAAAAGGAAGUGUAUAGCCAAGAGGAACAAAUGAGGUGCUUAUAGAGUAGAAGAAAUGAAAGAGAGCACUUAAGAAAGAAAUCAAGAAGGCUAAAAGAAGGCAUGAAGUUGCUCCAGUGGAAAAGGUGAAGGGGAAUCGUAAGGGGUUCUACAGGUAUGUUGAGAGCAAAAGGAUUGUUAGGGGCAAAAUUGGUUCUCUGGAAGACCAGAAUGGUAAUCCAUGUGUGGAGCCAAAACAGAUGGGGAAGAUCUUAAAUGCAUCCUCAGGCUCGAUUAACUCACCUUCGUUUACUGCCGUCUGCCCCGCCAAAAGGUGUAAUCAAGUUUGUGUGGAAACCCACAAUGUAAAAUAUCAGACAGUACACAAUAUGCGAUUAAAUGAUUACACUUUAUAAUUCUUACUUUGGCUAUGUGGUUAGUAGAGAAACAGAAUAUAAAGAAAAAGGCACCACUUUUAAUAAAAUAGUUCGUGCACAUUAAAUCGUUGGAGCUCACGCAACAG